AUGAAAGCCAUCACCCUUAGGAGUGGAAAACAGCUACCACCAAAAACUCUUAUUAGGGAUAAUGAGAAGCAAGAUGGGGAGGUGGUCAUCAAUGUGGAUGAUGAUGUGGUUAUUAUGGAUGAGAAAACCAAUGAAGAGAUCUUGGAGAAAAUAGUUGAAGUAAAAGGAAAGGUGCCUCAAUACAACAAGUUCCUCAAGGAUGCUGUAACUAAGAAGAAGAAGGAGAUGGAAGGCAUGGUGGUUCUUACUCAUGAGUGUAGUGCUAUUAUCCAAAGGCUAACCAUCCCUAAGAAGCUUGAAGAUCCAGGAAGCUUUACUUUACCUUGUGCCAUUGGGCAAUUUGCUUUUGAGAGGUGUCUAUGCGAUUUGGGAGCAAGUGUGAGCCUUAUGCCUCUCUCCAUUGCUAAAAGGCUUGGCUUUACACAAUACAAGAAGUGUAGACUCUCUCUUGUGCUAGCUGAUCGCUCAGUGAAGAUUUCCAUUGGUAUCCUAGAAGAUCUCCCUGUUAUGGUUGGAAAUUGUGAGAUUCUUACAGAUUUUGUGGUGUUGGAGAUGGAUGAAGAACCAACAGAUCCUUUGAUAUUGAGGAGACCUUUCUUGGCUAUAGCAGGAGCAGUUGUGAAUGUUAAGGAAGAGAAGAUUGAUCUUCACCUUGGAAAGGGAAACAUUCUUCACUUUGACAUCAAGGAGGUGAUGAAGAAGCCUAUUACUCAAAGUCAAGCAUUCUACAUUGAGGAGAUGGAGGUUUUAGCUGAUGAACUUCUAGAGGAGUUGGCACUUGAAGACUCUUUACAACAUGCCUUAACAAUUGAGAGAGAGGUCCAAAUGGUUGAGAACAAGGAAAGUGAUGCUUAUGUGAAGAUGCUGGACUCUCACACGGAGAUUAGUGAUGAAGAACAAAAUGAGGAGCUUUCAUAUGAGGAUCACCAUGCUUCCUCAGCUACUCAACAAGAGAACCUUCAAGAGGAUGAUUGGAGUGAACUCAAAGCACCAAAAGUGGAGCUUAAACCUCUUCUCCAUGGUGUAAGGUAUGCUUUCUUUGGCCCUAAUGAGACUUACCCUGUCAUAGUGAGUAGUGAGCUUAAUGAAGAUGAAUUGUCUAAACUUUUGAAUGAACUUAAAAAGUAUAGAAAGGCAAUAGGCUACUCACUAGAUGAAAUUAAAGGGCUAUCACCUUCUUUAUGCAUGCAUGCAUAG